AUGAGAGCCCCGCCUUUUACUGACGACAUUAACGAGGAAAGGCUUCCUCCAAACUUCAAGCUCCCUGCGAUACCGUCUUAUGACGGCCGAGGUGAUCCCGAGAAUCACAUUCAUGCCUUCAUCUCGGCCUUCCGCUUAUACUGCAUCCCUGACCCUGUCAUAUGCCGAGCUUUUCCAGUGUUUCUCCGGGGGACAGCUCGAAAAUGGUUCUGGGGAUUAGAGCCUAGGAGCAUCUCGACUCUGGGGGAAUUAGUGGAGAGAUUCCUCCAUCGGUUCAUCUUCUCCCGACCUACGACCAGGACCUCGGCUUACUUGCUGAACAUGCAGCAGAACCCGGGGGAGUCACUUCGGUCGUACGUCCAGAGGUUCCAUGAGGAAAGCGUACAAAUACCUGACCCCAAUGAGCAAGUCACCAUUGCUGCAUUCACCCAUGGGCUUGUGUCCGGAGUGUUCAACACGGGGAUCCACAAGAAGUAUCCCCGCACACUCCACGAACUAUGGUUGAAGGUCGAGAAGGGCAUACAGGCCGAGGACCUCAACCGCAUGAAGAAAGAAGUCCAAGCUGCUCGCCCGAGGGCUGACCCCCGAAGAGGGAAGGAGCUCGGCCGAAGUGAAACGGGGACAGGAAGCGGCUUCCAAAGUCCCGGCCGGGAUCGGCGCAGUGUGUUCGAUAGGAUCUCCAAGGGGAAGUCACCCAUCCCAGAGUCCGAACUGACUCCCCUUAACACCACCCGAUCUCGGGUGUUGUCCGUAAUGGAACAAAAUAACCUCGAAAAAGCUCCUCCCAAGAUGUUCGGCAGCAAAGACAAGAGGAACUCAAACCUCUACUGUCUGUAUCACCGGGACAUCGGGCAUGAAACUGAGAACUGCAACGAUCUCAAAAAAGAGAUCGAGAACCUCAUCAGACAGGGGCACCUGAAGCAGUUCAUCCGCCGAGGUGGAGGUCAGAAACGUAAUGAACCCCGACGAGAUAACCGGGGUGAUCAACGCCGAGACGAGAGGCGGCCCUCCAGAAGCAGUUGCAGGCCUCCAGAGGAUCCUAGGGAGAUAAAAAGGCCUCCCCGAGACGGAUCCUCAGGACAUGGAUUAGGGUACGGACCCAACAUAGCCGGGGUCAUCAAUAUAAUUAUCGGAGGUCAGACGGGAGGAGACAGCCAGAACUCCCGGAAGAGGACCUACAGGCAGGCUAACCCGGAUCAGGCUGAGUCGAGUUUUCGUCUAUCCGAGGUAAUCACCUACGGGCCCAGUGACCCCGUCCCAGCUGCUUCGAGCAGUCAUGAAGCUUUGGUGAUUGAAAUCCUCACCAACAACUACGUUGUGAAAAAGGUCUACAUUGACCCGGGAAGCUCAGUUGACGUCAUGUACCUCCGUACCUUUGAGAGCCUUAAACUGGCCAGGGAGCGCAUGACCCCGGUGAGAACCCCUCUUGUAGGGUUCGGGGGACACGUUGUGCACCCCGAAGGGAUGGUGGCUUUGACAGUGACUGUGGGACGUCACCCCCGCUGCCGAACCAUCCCCGUCAACUUCGUAGUAGUUAAAGCUGACUCGCCAUACAACCUACUCCUAGGUCGACCUACACUUAAUGCCUUGCGGGCAGUAUACUCUACCUAUCAUUUAAGCUUUAAGUUUCCUACUCCUGCGGGGGUGGCCGAGGUCAGCAGGGACGUCUGCGCUGCCCGAGAGUGUUACCUCGCCACUCUACAAGCAGCCUCCCCAUCAACCUCUAGAGCGAGGCCCGAGAAGAGGUCAAAUAUCCUCUCAAUAGAUAGCAUCGAUCCUCAGCGAGCUGAGAAGAUCCCGAGGCUGGAGACUGGGGAUGAGGUGGAAGAGUUCCCCUUGGACCCCACAAAGCCUGAUCAGACGGUUCGUGUGGGCACCCGAUUGCCAGGUCCGACUAAAAGAGAUAUGGUGGACCUCCUCAGAAAAUACCGGGACGUCUUCGCUUGGGCCGCAGAGGAGGUUCAAGGAGUCCCGCACCACCUCAUGAUACAUGAGUUGAACGUCGAUCCCCAAGUCCGCCCGGUUAAACAGAAAAGAAGGCACCUCGGCCUUGAGCGCAGCCGAGCUGUUGGUGAAGAAGUGGACAAGCUCCUCCCUGCGAAGAUCAUUCGUGAGGUUCAAUAUCCGACCUGGUUGUCCAACCCGGUCAUGGUAAAGAAGGACACCGGGGUUUGGAGAAUGUGA